AUGUUUAUUUGCCCGCACUGUAGAGAUAAAUUGAACGGUCAAUCGAUCGGUGCUUAUGUGGCUGACAUGAUAGAUAAACAACCUCCCCCGAAUUCACAACAGCUUAUUGAUUUACCGGCUCAAGUGCAAAAACUUGCCGAGAACACCGUUUGUGAUGUGACCAACGUUAGUAUGUACUACCAGAACGUGCGUGGAUUGAAAACGAAGAUUGACGAUAUCUUUUUGGCGACCAAUGACUGCAACUACGAUGUGAUUAUGCUAACCGAGACGGGAUUGAAUGACAGUAUACUCUCACCACAGCUUUUCGGCAGUGCCUUCAACGUAUUUCGAUACGAUCGGAGUCCAAUGAACAGCAAUAAACGUUCUUUCGGAGGUGUUUUGAUCGCUGUCGCACGGCAUCACACUAGCACAAUCUUUGAAUCUGUACAUGCAAACUGUCUUGAGCAGAGUAACGAUAGUACUAUCGUUGAUGCUCACGUCGCUUCCGUUCGAGACUUUUUUGCGAGCAGCGCAGACGAUUGCACGUUGAUGUUAGAUGAGCUAUGGGAAGAGUUUAAUGAGCUACAGGCUGAGAUUGAGUGCGAACACGAAUUGUGUGACGAAACCUCGUCUGUACGUAUUGCCUUUGAAACGGAUUACUUUCAGUUGAAAGGAUCACUUGCCGAAAAGAUCGCUGCUGUCGCCCCUGCCGCGAAUCCUAUUAGACCGCCUUCGUCACCUGUUGCUUCACCUGCACACGCCCUACCCGUUCGUUUGCCUGAGAUAAAGAUUCCCGAAUUCGACGGAAACUUUGACGAAUGGACAAACUUUUACGAUUUGUUUCUCACAUUAAUACACACAAACCCUCAGCUCUCAUCAGUACAGAAAUUUCAAUACCUCAAGGCUGUGCUGAAAGGAAAGGCUCUUCGUUUAGUCCAAUCACUUGCAGUAUCGACUGCAAAUUACACAAUUGCGUGGGAUAGUUUAAGAAAACGGUAUGAUAACACAAAUUUGCAAAUUAAGCAACAUUUUUCGGCGUUGCUGUCUACGACUGCUAUCCGUAAGGAAUCCGCGGAAGCAUUAUCAAACCUCGCGGAUGAAUUCGACAAGCGUGUGUGUGUAUUCAACAAAUUAGAGAACUGUGAUGAUCACUGGAACUCGUUUCUCGUAGAGCUUCUCAGUAGUAAGUUGGAUCUCAAAACGCAAAGGGAAUGGGAAUCUCAGCUGGAGAAUGAUCGUCGCCCUCUAUACACUGAUUUAAUAUCCUUCAUACAGAAACGGUCUCGUAUUCUACAAUCGAUUAUGCUCUCCCAACCAUCGCUACAGGUCGUCACCAAGCUUGAAUCUAAGUUGGAGACCAGGACUGUACGCAGCAAAACAUCACUCUAUCAUUCUACCAACAAUGAUAACAUUCCGAAAUGCGCAAUCUGCAAACAAUCACAUUCGGUUCCUCAGUGCGAGGAUUUCAAAAGGCUAUCUCCGCAAAAGAGAUUUGAUUUGGCUAAAAAACAUGGACUUUGUUUAAAUUGCCUACGAUCAUCACAUAUGAUGAAAAACUGCUCCGCCGGACCGUGCCGCACGUGUAAUAAACGACACCAUACUUUACUGCACUUGCAUUCCUCUGGUUCACGGACAAAUCAAAUGGAUGAUCAAACCACUGUUGCUGUACAAAUGGCCCAAUGUGCAAAAUUCAAUCAAUCGGCAUCGGUCGUCGAAGCGCCGCCGUCGGUUCUGUGCAUUUCCGAUCAAUGUCACGAGGUCCCUCCGGUCACUGGACCUGCCCCGUCGCCUCCGGAUGGGCAUAGUACUCGUUCGCAAUCGUUCGUUUCGCCGUCGGUUUCGAAUUUCAUACCGUCAGGCUCUGCUCUAACUUCGUCACAGGUGACAAACUGUCAAGCCGCUGUCCCUGUACCUUCGCUUGUAUCAAAGACCAAACAAACAUCGGUCUUCAUGCUGACCGCUUACAUUCGAGUUAAAGACACCGAUGGUAAUUACCAUCACGCUCGCGCCUUACUCGAUUGCGCAUCAGAAGCAAAUUUUGUCACAGAAUCACUGGCUCAAAGGCUUCGUUUAAAACGAGCUCCCGCAAAUAUCGAUGUAUACGGUAUCAGUCAAUCCGUAAAAAAAGUUAAACAGCAAGUCCCUAUUGUCAUCUCAUCUCGUGUUCGUUCGUAUAGAUCCAGUAUGACGUUUCUAAUUCUACCGUCAUUAACCAGAAUAUUGCCCACAAAUCCAAAAUUUAACAUAGCGCACGAUGUUGAUAUGAUCAUUGGCAUCAAAUCGUUCUUCGCAAUCUUGGAGGAUGAUCAAUUCACAUUAGGAAGUGGCUUACCUAUACUACGUAAAACUGUUUUUGGAUAUGUAGUAGCAGGUGAAGCAUUCGAAAGCAACAACUCUACCAUCGUGUGCAACGUUUCUACUGUUGACAACCUAACGUCAGCAGUUCGCAAAUUCUGGGAGGUGGAAAGUUUCGAGAAUGCUCCUGACGGUCGUUACGUGGUUCGUUUGCCGAUUCGAGACGAGAUGCUAUCUGCUUUAGGAGAAUCGGUUGGUGUGGCGAAGCGCAGACUAUUGAACAACGAAAAGGCGUUAUCAUCAAAGCCACAAUUGCGCUCAGAAUACUCUAAGUUCAUGGAUGAGUACCAAACACUAGGGCAUAUGGAAAAAGUAGUGCCUGACUACUCGAUCCCACACUUUUUUCUUCCACAUCAUGCAGUUCAAAAGCCAGAUAGUACAACUACAAAAACGCGAGUUGUAUUUGACGCGUCCUGUCGUGGGUCGAACAACUUAUCGCUCAAUGAUAUUUGCUACAUAGGACCCACCGUUCAGCCCCCGCUUUUAUCGACUCUUAUCAACUUUCGUAUGCCAAAGUACGCAGUGACUGCCGACAUAGAAAAGAUGUAUCGGCAGAUUGUUGUGCAUAAAGCAGAUCGUCCUCUGCAACAAAUUGUAUGGCGUGAACAUGCAAACGAAGACAUAUCCACAUAUCAGCUAAACACCGUCACAUACGGCACUGCUCCUGCUCCUUAUCUUGCUACACGCGUUCUUAAUCAACUGUGCGACGAUGAAGCUGAAAAUUAUCCACUUGCUAAAACAAAGGUGAAAACUACGUUUUACGUCGAUGAUCAUCUAUCAGGGGACGAUGACGAGCAACGAUUGAUAGAAACAAAUAGACAACUGAUCGCACUUCUACAAUCUGGUGGUUUUAUUUUGCGUAAAUGGAACAGCAAUAACAAACAGGUGCUCGCUCACAUUCCGUCAUCAUUGCGUGAUGCUCGAUCUGAAUUGCACAUCAGCCAAUGUGAAUCAGUGUAA